CACGAGACGAGAAAUAUCACGCCGACACUCGCGGAUCGUGGACCGCUCGAGAACACUCGGGGAUCGCACUCGACGCGCAACGUCCCGCCCAACCGGAUCCACGUGGAUACAACUGUCACUGGUACGCGCUGCUCACACUGAGACGUCGAAUCCUGGAAACGCAAAAUGGAUCCCGACAGUUUCAAGGAUUUCGCCAAGGAUAUGGCGGAAUAUAUUACUAACUAUUUGGAGAAUAUCAGAGACAGGAGAGUGUUGCCAACGGUGAAGCCAGGUUACAUGAAGCCUUUGCUGCCAUCGGAGGCUCCGCAGACACCAGAAAGCUGGAAGGACAUUAUGGCAGACAUCGAAAGAGUGAUAAUGCCAGGUGUCACCCAUUGGCACAGUCCAAGAUUUCACGCAUACUUUCCCACAGCUCAAUCAUAUCCAGGAAUUGUUGCCGACAUGCUCAGCGGCGCUAUAGCUUGCAUCGGAUUCACUUGGAUUGCGAGUCCAGCUUGCACCGAGCUAGAGGUAGUAAUGUUGGACUGGUUGGGGAAAAUGCUGGACCUGCCCAAGGAAUUUUUAGCCUGUAGCGGAGGAAAAGGCGGAGGGGUGAUUCAGGGGACUGCGAGCGAAGCCACUUUAGUCGCUCUUCUUGGCGCCAAGGCUAGAAAAAUAAGGCAGGUGAAGGAACAACAUCCCGACUGGACAGACAACGAAAUCGUGGCGAAACUCGUCGCGUACAGCUCUGCUCAAGCUCACAGUUCUGUCGAACGUGCGGGGCUUCUCGGGGGUGUGAAGUUCCGAUUGCUGGAGACGGAUUCCAAGUACAGACUUCGCGGGGACACUUUUGCGGACGCCGUUCGCAAAGACAAAGAGCAAGGACUGAUUCCAUUCUACGCUGUCGCUACUUUAGGAACAACCUGCUCCUGCGCGUUCGAUCGUCUGGACGAAAUGGGCGUCGUUGCGAAUCGCGAGAACAUUUGGUUGCACGUCGACGCAGCAUACGCUGGCUCCUCUUUCAUCUGCCCCGAAUUUCGAUACCUGAUGAAUGGGAUCGAAAUGGCGGAUUCGUUCAACUUCAACCCCCACAAGUGGAUGCUGGUCACCUUCGAUUGCUCGACAAUGUGGCUCAAGGAUCCGACUUACGUUAUCAAUGCGUUCAACGUCGAUCCGCUGUACCUGAAGCAUGACAUGCAAGGAUCAGCGCCCGAUUACAGGCAUUGGCAAAUUCCGCUAGGGCGAAGAUUCAGGGCGCUGAAACUCUGGUUCGUGUUGAGAAUUUACGGCGUGGAGAAUCUUCAACGAUACAUCAGGAAUCACGUAUCACAGGCUCACGAAUUCGAGGCUCUGCUUCUGACGGAUCCUCGUUUCGAAGUUGUCGCCGAAGUAAUCCUGGGACUCGUUUGCUUCCGAUUGAAGGGCUCGAACGAAAUAAACGAGACCCUGUAUAAGAGAAUCAACGCCGCCGGGAACAUUCAUCUGGUCCCGUCGAAGAUAAACGACAUGUACUUCCUCCGAUUCGCGGUUUGCUCGCGGUUCAGCGAGAGCAAGGACAUUCAGAACUCUUGGAAGGAGAUAAAGCUCAGAGCCAGCGAGGUCCUCGAGGAGCAGUCGGUUUCUAAGUGAUGGCGGGCUCAGAUAGCGCGUGGUUGCAGGUCAUUGGCUCCUGCGACUUGCAAUCAAACCUAGCUUCUUAGUUGGUUCGUGUCUUAGUAAUCCUGGAAGAACGAGCGGAUGAUUAAGACGUGGAGAUCUGUCCUUCGUAUUUCGCUAAUUAAAAGUUAGAAAAAUUCUAGAAUGAGAGCACUCCUUUGUCCGCAAAAUUCCAUUCCAACAAAACGACAUGAAACAAGUAACAAAACUUUUCUAUCCAGUCUCGGACCAAUAAAAUGAUAAAAGAAAGGAUUAUUUUGGAAACACGUCGGACAGAUCCCGUGAAAAUGCCAAAGAUCGUUCUUCGAGUGCUGUUUUACCUUGAGGAGCUCAUAUGUAGUUGAAGUAAACGCAGUAUUAGGUUGUCACUUGCCACUUGUAAUGCAUAGCUAAACGUAUUCCAGACUAGAUAGCUUUCUUCGAUCACUUUGGGUGGCAUGCCAGGCACGAGUUCGUCUUUUGCAACAGGAUUGCGUAAUUGUUGGCGUCCGUGCAACGGUGGCGUCGUGUAUCUGCAAAAAUUCAGCCGCUCUUAAACGCGAUGUUCGUUAAAUUUCUUCUCGUUGUGCGAAUUAUUUCAAGAGAUGGUUAAUUGGACUGAAUUUUUGCAUUUGACAACGCACGGAUAACGCGCACAGUAUUAUGUGUAAUAUCGUAUUCAUGUUGAAUCUGUGUGGUUAUAAUGUAGAUAUCGAAGAUAAAUGUUAUCGUUGAAUACUAUUUACAGACGUAGACUGUUUCGUUGAAAAUAAACCAAAUAGGUUAGAGGGAUGGAGAAGGGCCUCGUAAUAUUUACAUGUUGAAAUCUGAGUAUUCGGUAAAGUGUACACACCGAUAAAGUGGAUCGAAUUCCAAACUGAGUUGUAUAUAUUCGGUACAUGUAUAUACAAUGUUGUAUAAAAUAUUAACUUAUCCCUAAAGAUUAAAUUUCGUUUGGAUUAUUUAUAAAACUGUACUUUAGUUACAGAUUCAUAUCGAACCUAAUCGAUUAUUUACUUGCGUAUACCAAUCGCAUACGCAAUCGUAACUGCACCUACCACGUAUUUAUGUUGUAAAUAAGUUAUACAUAAUUAGCUGUAAGUGUAUGUAACGUAUUCCCGUCUUCCUCUCCUACGCAAGCCACCUUCGUUCCCGAAUAUUAUAUUUAUUUGCCGUGAUCGUACUCGAAGCGCGAUACGAGUAUCGUUUAUCGAGUACGAUUAUGGCAUUCUCAAUGUAAAGUAGUGCUGCAACUGGGACAAUAAAUAGUACUAGAAUUACUUUGCACUGUUUGGUCGAUCGAACGAGUAAACGUUCUUAAAGAUGUUUGAAGCGAACAAAUAUCAACCGUUCCAUACGCACUGGUUACGAAUCCGCACUUUUCUAUUUAUAACGAUAUACGAACAUCGUGUGAUUACAAUUGAAAACUAUAUAUUUUUUGUAUAGAAUAUACCGAUCCAAUUUUUAUUAAAAACCGAUUGCACCAAAGGUGUUGACGUAGGAUUGAAGAAACAGUGAGCCGAAAUAAUGAUUAUUAUUAUCAAUCUGUAAGAAAUAAGAACGUUUUCUCGGUGAAAUAACACGGAUUGCUGUUAAACGGGACCAACGGAAAGUAAUAGAAUGAUAUGUAAUAUCGUACGUACCUGCUGUAUCGAUGUACGGAAACAUGAUUUAUUUCGACAUUUCGUUUCACUUGUUGCGAACAGUUACCGUUUAUAGCGGACAUAUAUGCGUAUUGUAUUAUAUAUAAAUGUUGAAAGUGUCUAUCGAAGAGUCUUGGACGUUAUAGCGAUGUGGAUUCAAUAAAGAGUGUAUUACAUCUACCCUGA